CAAGUCCAGCAGGAUGAGCAAGGAGACCAGCAGACUUGGGAUUCUGCAGGGGAGGUGGUGCAAAGGAUGCUGCAGAAGCAGGACAACUAAAGGAGACGCUGGCCGGCCCCACGCCGGGCCAUCUCGCUAGUACCCGCUGAGAAGCAUUUGUUUGAAACACCCGAGCAGCACUCGCAGGAUUGUCAAAUUUUAUUUUGGGCUGUACAUAGAUUGGUGCUUAACAUCAAUAUUAUAAACCCUUCCAUCCACUGUGUGAGCUAGGGUGCCACUGUUGCUUUGGCUGUCUCUCUCAGUAACUCUUCGAGGGGCAGCACUGAGAAGCUCGUGACCCUCAGGGACCCUGCGACACAAUUGCAUUCCAGGGUCUCAUUCCCAGCAGUUGAGACCAGGUGAGCAGCUUCGGGGAGAGGGUCAGAUUCCCAGACAGACAGCUGUUCCUGCAGGGCGGGGCUCGGGGCAGGAGGGCAGGAGGUGUGCCCCGAUUAUGUGCACCUGUUGCCCCUUCCCUCCUUUCUGUGUGGCCAGUCAUCCUGUUGUCCUCUUGUCCCUCACAUAGCUUUGACACGGUCUGGUUGCUAGUGUGAGGGCGUGCUGGGCGUGUGGGCUGAGAAGGGGAGAUGAGGUGCCAAAGAUGUGAUGCGCACGGGAGGUGUUCACGUUUUGCUCAUCCAAACAGGGCAUCUGAAUUUGUCCCUUUGGCGAAAGAUCUUUGAUCCAAAGCCUGGGUUCCAGCUGUGCCCAGGGAAGGGUCAAUUCAUGUGGGUGAAUUCUCAGCACUUGCCGUUAUGCACUGUGUCAUCCAUCUGGGCUGAUAUAACCAAAUACCCAACACUAAGUGGCUUAGAAACAAGAGACAUUUAUUACUCAUAGCUCUGGAGGUUGGGAAGUCCAAGAUAAGUCCCCAGCAGAACCCGUGUCUGGUGUGAGCCCACUUCCUGCUACAUAGAUGGUGGAAGGGGCAAGAGAGCUCUGUGGGUCUCUCUUAAAGGGACACUAAUCUCAUUCAUGAGGGCGCCCCUUUUAUGACCCUGUAACCUCCCAAAGCUCCCACUUCCAAAUGCCUUGACCUUGAGGGGCAGAUGUCAACCUGUGAGCUUCGAGUAGACACAGGUUGUCAGUCUGUAGCUUGCACUCAGAAACAGCCCAUUCUGGCUGAGGUUAGGAGCCUGCCACCAAAGUCCACUUCUUGUUCCUCUGCAUGUUCUGUUUACGUCCUUAUCACGGGAUCUUUCUGCUAAGCUAGCAGAAAACGAGAACAUGACAUAGUCAGUGCUCCCAGCCCCUCUCCCACCCAGUGUGACAUUCUUAUCCGGUCCCCGAGGAAAUGAAGGCUGAGCCUCCUUCACGCCACACACAUUCCUCCCCCCCACGACCCCGACCCCGUUCUUUCCAUCUUCUCGCCGAGGGCUCCUGGCUCUGGGCUUCCUCUUGGCCCAUCUCACUUCCUGAAACAGCACUGAAGAGCACUGCUUAUCUCGAUGGAGCUCGAGUAGCCCUCUGGAGGUGGGGGAACUGAGAGCCGUGGCACUUUCACAUUCGGCCCACACAGAACUGUCCUCCAGGCUUCUGGGAACUCGGGGACGUGUAGCCCAUGUCGGGGCUGGAAGUGAUGGCCCGGGGAUGGGCUCUCUUUCAAGAGAGGGGGUUCCACCAGCGCAGAGAAGGAAUGGGCCAGUGGUGAGUUCUGGACUGCAGCUGCUGCCCCUGGACUCUGGCAAGAUGUCGGGCAAGAGCUAGGCUCCCUGGUCCACACGGAUCCUGCAGGCACAUCUGUCCCCUGGGAGGCUCCUCUUGGAGAGCAAGAUGCUGGUCAACAGCACUGCUGUGUCAUUGGCCAGUGUGGCCUACAUCACCGUGGAGAUUCUCAUCGGGCUCUGCGCCAUAGUGGGCAACGUGCUGGUCAUCUGGGUGGUCAAGCUGAACCCCAGCCUGAAGACCACCACCUUCUAUUUCAUCGUCUCCCUUGCCCUGGCUGACAUCGCUGUUGGGGUGCUGGUCAUGCCUUUGGCCAUUGUCGUCAGCCUGGGUGUCACGAUCCACUUUUAUAGCUGCCUUCUCAUGACCUGCCUGCUGCUGAUCUUCACCCACGCCUCCAUCAUGUCCUUGCUAGCCAUUGCCGUGGACCGAUACCUGCGGGUCAAGCUCACGGUCAGAAACCGAAUUCCCCAGAUCCCUGGAUCCGUCUGGUCACCCCAGUUGAAGGUUCACUUCCUUCCAGCCAUGGGGCUCUUCAUUCUGCUCUCCUUGACUGUCGUUUCAGAUGCCAUGGUCAUGGAUGAGAAAGUCAAGGAAAGCUUUGUGCUGGACACAGCUUCCGCCAUCUGCCACUACGAUGCCCACUAUAAGGACCACCGCAAAUACUGGUGCCGAGGUUAUUUCCGAGACUAUUGCAACAUCCUCGCCUUCACACCCAAUAGCACUGACCGGGUGGUCCUGCAGGACACAGGAAACCAGCUCAUUAUCACCGUGUCCUGUCUGACCAAGGAGGACACAGGCUGGUACUGGUGUGGCAUCCAGAGGGACUUCGCCAGGGAUGACAUGGAUUUCACCGAGCUGGUCGUGACGGACAACAGAAGAGCCCUGGCCAAAAAUUUUUGGUCUGGAAAAGACCUAUCAGGCAGCAAGAACAGAAGCUGCAGGGCUUCCAAAGUUGUCCACAAGGCAGAUCACUCCAGGACGUCCAUUCUCAUCGUCUGCAUUCUGAUCACGGGCCUGGGGAUCAUCUCUAUAAUCAGUCAUUUGUUCAAUCGGAGGCGAAGUCAAAGGAAUAGAAGGGGUAAAGGCCUCGCUAGAAGCCAGAAAAGCAGCCAAGCCUCUUCUGCGGUCCCCACACCCCUGGUAAGUUCCCUCCUUGGCUCUUCUGUCCUGGGCCCUGGGCCCACAGCUCCCUGGUCUUUAGGGCUCCCCAUUCCUACACAGAGGACCUUCAUUCCGAAGCGGGGUGUGGAUCUACCCACCUCUCCUAGGGCCCACGGCAGACAAGCCCAAAUCCUCAAGGCCCCUGGGGGAUGAAUCUGCUAACUUCUC